GGAAGAGAAGUGGAGGUGGGAGGGAGCGAUGAAGCAAAAGUCACCUAAACGUUGGGGCGGGGAAAGGAGGCUACAGUUAAGAAAGCGAACAAGCUGCGGAACUUGCAGCAGAAAGAUUGGGAGGUCCGGUGGGUGCUCUAUCCCAGAGGGAAGGAACAAGUACCACGGCAGCGGGACUUUUCCCGUCCCUGAUUCUGGAAGGUGCUAGACAAAAACAUGGAAUUAAUUUACCCGGCGGUGAUUAUAAUCCUUGGGUGCGUUGCUCUUUUGUUAUUCCUUCAGUGGAAGAACUUGCGUGGACCUCCGUGCGAAGGGGGCUGGAUUCCUUGGUUUGGAGCUGGAUUUGAGUUUGGGAAAGCCCCUCUAGAAUUUAUAGAAAAAGCAAGAAUCAAGCAUGGACCAAUAUUUACAGUCUUUGCUAUGGGCAACCGAAUGACCUUUGUUACUGAAGAAGAGGGAGUUAACGUGUUUCUAAAAGCCAAAGAAGUAGAUUUUAAACUGGCAGUGCAAAAUCCUGUCUAUCAUACAGCAUCAAUUCCAAAGAAUGUAUUUUUAACAAUGCAUGAAAAACUUUAUACUGUGAUGAAAGAGAAACUAGGGACUAGCAAUGUAUAUCAGUUCACUGGACAACUGACUGAAGAAUUACAUGAACAACUGGAGAAUUUAGGCACUCAUGGGACAAUGGACCUGAGCAACUUAGUAAGGCAUCUCCUUUAUCCAGUCACAGUGAAUGUGCUCUUUAAAAAAGGUUUGUUUCCCACAAACACGAAGAAAAGCAGGGAGUUCUAUCAGCAUUUUCAAGUUUAUGAUGAAGGUUUUGAGUAUGGGUCCCAGAUGCCAGAAUGUCUCCUAAGAAACUGGUCAAAAUCCAAAAAGUGGCUUCUAGCACUUCUUGAGAAAAACAUGCCAGAAAUAAAAGCAUACAGAUCUGCAAAAGAUAAUCCCAUGACAUUCGUACAGGCUAUGAUGGAUACCAUAGAGAUGGAAAAAAAUGAACAGAAGCAACCCAAUUAUGCACUCUUAAUACUUUGGGCUUCUCUGACCAAUGCUGUCCCCGUUACAUUUUGGACAAUUGCCUUUAUCCUCUCUCAUCCCAGUAUCUACACGACCAUCAUGAAAGAUAUAUCUUCUGUGUUUGGCACAGCAGGUAAAGAUAAGAUUAAAGUGUCUGAAGAGAACUUGAAGAAACUCCUUCUGAUUAAAUGGUGUGUUUUGGAAUCUGUUCGUUUAAGAGCCCCUGGUGUCAUUGCCAGAAAACUGAUAAAGCCAGUUAAAAUUCUGAAUUAUACUGUUCCUUCUGGUGACUUGUUGAUGUUGUCUCCAUUUUGGCUACAUAGAAAUCCAAAGCAUUUUCCUGAACCUGAAUUGUUCAAACCUGAACGUUGGAAAAAGGCAGAUUUAGAGAAGCAUGCUUUCUUGGACUACUUCAUGGCAUUUGGAAGAGGGAAGAACCAGUGUCCUGGAAGGUGGUUUGCUCUGUUAAAGAUUCAAAUAUGUGUUAUUUUAAUAUUUUAUUAUUAUGACUGUAGUCUUCUAGACCCAUUGCCAAAACAGAGUCCUCUGCAUUUGGUGGGUGUCCAGCAGCCAGAAGGACAAUGCCGAAUUGAAUUUAAACGAAGAAAAUGACAUCUGCUGGGCCUAAUAAGGGCCAGGCUUUCUGGAGGAGUGACUGCCCCCCUUCACCAGCCUGGCAGCACCUAGACCUGAGCUCUGCUAAAACACACUGCCUAACUUUGUUUUAGGACUUAGUUCAAGCAACUGUCCAAAUGGUGUGUUUGUUAUCUCAAGAGUAGACCAAGAAUCUGACAUCACUCUUACUGAUAUAGAGACCCAAGUACAUGGUUUAUAGAAAAUGUUUAAGUGAUUUUAAAAAAUGAGACAUUUCUUCAGAAGUUGGAAUUUGGUUUAUGCAUAACUGUAUUAAAACUUCAAAUAGAGAUAUGUCAUUUGAAUGAAAAUCUUAGCACAGUAAAUUCACUGUGAAGGCAACAUACUUAAAUUUCUAUUUUGAAAAAGGCUAAAAGUCUUAGACUAAAGAAAUAUUAAAUAAUUUCUGGAAAUUUUCUAUUUUUUUAAUAUGAUUCUUAACUAGCAGUUGGAAUUCUUAAGCUCUAUUAAUAUAAUUCUUUAUUGUAAACACAUCUAAUGCUAAAAGAAUGAAUAAAAUGAGA